GCGUGACGCCAUCUCCUUGCGCCCACGUUGGGGGCGCGCAGUGCAUGCUGGUGCAGCGGAGGCUACGCGCGCUCGCUGGCAAUGGCGAGCGACUUCUACCUGCGCUACUAUGUGGGGCACAAGGGCAAGUUCGGGCACGAGUUCCUGGAGUUCGAGUUCCGGCCGGACGGAAAACUGAGAUAUGCCAACAACAGUAAUUACAAAAAUGAUGUAAUGAUCAGAAAAGAGGCCUAUGUGCACAAGAGUGUGAUGGAGGAACUGAAGAGAAUAAUUGAUGACAGUGAAAUAACAAAAGAAGACGAUGCUCUCUGGCCCCCUCCUGACAGAGUUGGUCGGCAGGAGCUUGAAAUUGUCAUCGGUGAUGAACACAUUUCUUUUACCACAUCAAAAAUCGGUUCACUUAUUGAUGUAAACCAAUCCAAGGAUCCAGAAGGAUUAAGAGUGUUUUACUACCUGGUCCAGGACCUUAAAUGUCUAGUCUUCAGUCUUAUUGGAUUACAUUUCAAGAUUAAGCCAAUUUAAAAAGUAUACCUUGAAAUUUGUAUUGUAGUAUGUGCAAAACACCCUCUGUUGCUUCUGACUUCUUGGUCUGAACUUUUAUGUAUGUUAGAAUUUUUUUACAAACUAAGUGAAUGUCUUUAAUAAAGAUGGUCAGAUCUGUAUUUUUAAUUUAAAA